AUGGCGUACACGUCCAAGUACCACGACGACUCGGACGCCGACGACGAGUUUGAGCGCACCGCCUGGCAGCAGCGCGACCUGCAGCCCGCCGAGUACGAGAGCUCGCCCACCAGCUCCGGCCCGCUGAGCACCGAGCACACGCCGACCACCUUCACCCACCGCCGCGACAGCCGCAGCAGCCCGCCGGGCCUGAUUGUCGACUGGAGCGCCGAGCAGGUUGCCGACUGCAUCGGCGACCUGGGGCUCGAGCAGUACUGCGACACGUUUGUCGACGAGGGCAUCUCGGGCGACGUGCUGGUCGCGCUGCAGCACGCCGAGCUCAAGGAGAUGGGCGUCGCCAGCGUCGGCCACCGGCUGACCAUUCUAAAGGCCGUCUACGAGAUCAAGGUCAAGCAGAAGGUGCCGCUGGAGCCGGACGACUACAUCCCGCUGUCCGCCGACACGUCCGCCCAGGAGGCCCCGCCCACCCAGGACGACUUCGCCAAGGUCAUCCGCGUCGUGCAGGCCCGCGACGAGCGCAUCCACACGGCCGAGAGCGAGCUGCGCCACCUGCGCGAGGACCUCGGCCGCGUCAUCGACGAGAACAAGCGCCUGCGCGAGGAGAUCCUGCCGCUCGUGCGCAUGCUCAAGGAGCAGCAGCAGACGCUGCCGACGCUGCCGACGCUGCCGACGACCCACGAACACGUGACCUCGCCGCCCGCCACGGCUGACGCGCGCUCCGGCAGCAGUCUGUCGCGUAAGUUCUCCACCAAGAAGCUGUUCCUCGGCUCCGCGCCCAAGAACCCGUCGCCCACCAUCCAAGAGCACCGCGCUCUCGUCGACCACGCCUCGCUGGACCCCUCGGCCGCCGCAGUCGCGGCCUCUUCGCACCUCACAGCCUCGCUGGGCGCCGCCUCGCAAAUGUCGCCCAACUCCAUCGCCCAGCCCUCGCCCACGUCGCCCGCAUACGCCCAGGGCCGCCCCCAGUACGCGCGCCCGGAGAUACCGCGCAGCCACCAGGACCACGACAACACGCAGAGCUGGGCCUACGCCGACCAGGUCGCCGCCAACCGCGACCCCCGCGCGACCCCCGGCCUCCCGUCUGCCCGCUCCAUGGGCCGCUCGGCCCCCACGCCCACGCCCGACGACCGCGACCGCGACCCUCCGCUCUCCGGCGGCUCCGCUUCCAACACGCUGCAGCCGUCGUCGAGCUCGCAGCAGGCGCCGUCGUCGAACCCGCAGGUCGAGAUCUUCAAGUCCUUCCGCGUGUCCAUUGACGACCCGUGUCACAAGGUGCUCCCUGUGGCGCUCAAGAAAUACAACAUCACGGCAGACUGGCGGCAGUACGCCCUGUACAUUGUGCACGGCGAUCAGGAGCGCUGUCUGGGCCUGAACGAGCGGCCUCUGAUCCUGUUCAAGCAGCUGGACAAAGAAGGCCGAAAGCCCAUGUUCAUGCUGCGAAAGCACGCCGCGCCAGAGCAGGGCCACGUCAGCACAGUGGGCGGCAACGACGUCCGCGCCGUCCCCCCAAACAGCGGGUUCGGAUGGGACAGCCAGAAUCGCGGCACGCCGCUGCCUGGCGGCGUGUUGUAG